AUCAAGUAUCUAUCUAAUUGAACAGAAAAAACAAACACCAAACCUGAAUUGAGGCAAAUAAAUGAUAACAACUUAGCAAAAUGAGAAAAUGAAGAAAGGAGUAACAACAGUGAUUUUAUUUUUCUCUAGACUUUUCUACUACUACUAGGAGAACCCUGGUUUGAUCAUACAGGACAAGUUGGUCCUUUACUUGUUUUUGGUUCCUACUCUUUCUUGUCCAAUACAAACCGAUAAAUUUCAUUUCUCAUCUUUGUGUUUCUAACACUCUCCCCAACACCACUCCAUCACAACGUACAUACUCUCCCUCUUACCCUACCAUUACCUCCAGUCUCUUCACAGAUUCUCCCUCUAUCCACCCCUAUAUAAACCCAUCAUCAUCUCACCACAAUCAUCAUUCAACAUUUUCUCUUCUUCUUUCUUCAACUCUCAACGCAGAUAUCUUCUUCUUAAGAAUACUGUUCAUUUCCAAAUUCAACUUAGCUUUUCAAUUUUGUUUCAGUUACAGUACUUCGUUUUAUUUUGAUCAACAAACUACCAGUAGUAAAAAUGCCUGCAAGACUUUCAGAGGCUUUCAUAAACCAUCCGGUUCAUCUUAAUCAAAACCACAUCGAUUUUAAUUCAGCAAAAGAAGUACCAGACUCUUAUACCUGGCCACCUAUCCAUGAUGAUUCAUCGCCUGCAGAUUAUGGCUAUGACGUUGAAUCCUCGGUUCCAGUUAUCGAUCUUUCAGACCCAAUCAGCUCGGUGAAAGGGCAGAUUAGCCAUGCAUGUGAAUCAUGGGGGGUGUUUCAAAUUACUAAUCAUGGAGUUCCAAUGGACCUGUUAGAAAAGGUUCAAACUGAAGGGAAAAGGCUGUUCUCUCUUCCUCUUCAACAAAAACUCAAAGCUGCUCGUUCCCCUGAUGGUAUUUCAGGCUAUGGUGUUGCUAGAAUAUCAUCUUUCUUCCCCAAGCUUAUGUGGUCUGAAGGGUUCACCAUCGCUGGCUCUGCGGUUGACCAUGCUCGUAAACUUUGGCCUCAAGAUUAUAUCAACUUCUGUGAAGUAAUGGAAGAAUAUGAGAAAGAGAUGAAAUUGCUUGCUGGGAGACUCAUGUGGUUAAUGCUUGGCUCAUUAGGCAUAAACAAGGAGGAUCUGCAAUGGGCAGGGCCAGAAGGCAAAUUCAAAGACUCAUGUGGUGCCUUACAGUUGAACUCCUACCCAGCCUGCCCCGACCCUGACAGAGCCAUGGGAUUAGCAGCUCACACUGACUCAACCCUUCUUACUGUUCUCUACCAAAAUAGUACGAGUGGUCUACAAGUUACAAGAGAUGGUGGAAAAUGGAUUACUGUACCUCCAAUCAGAGGUGCAUUAGUUGUUAAUAUCGGAGAUCUCCUUCACAUUCUUUCAAACGGCCGAUACCCAAGUGUUCUUCAUCGUGCUGUUGUUAACCGUAAAUGCCAUCGCCUGUCCGUUGCUUACCUUUAUGGCCCACCCAUGCAUGUUCAAAUUUCACCUCUUUCCAAACUAGUAAACCUUAAUAACCCACCUCUAUACCGUUCAGUUACUUGGAGCGAGUACCUUGGCACAAAGGCAAAGCAUUUCAAUAAGGCUCUCUCUUCUGUUCGUCUCUGUGCGCCUCUGAAUGGAAUCAUCGACGUAAAGGAUCACAAUAGGGUGAAAGUCGGCUAGUGGACAACGUUUUUACCGCUUCUCAUUUUUCUGAUUGGUUGAUCAUUUCAGCUUGGAUGCUUGUAGGGCAUUAGAGUUCCUACAAGAAAGGCCAAAGCAGAUAAAAGUUAGAUAAAAUCAUGUAAAAACAGAUGCAAACAAAUGAGUCUCUAUUGUUACCUUGUCCUUGUGUAUAACAAAAUGACAAAGAAGAUAUCAAAUUGAAACUUCAAGUA